AUGGAUAUCAAUUUCUCACAAUCUUUGCAAGAUGAAUUCCAAGAAGAUUUAAUAGACGUCGAGAACAUAGAUGAUGAAAACUAUGAUGAUGAUCCUAUAUUUAACUUAGAACAAAGCUUAUACGAGCAUGCCCUAAAAGAAUUUAAUAUAGAAGACAUACCAAUCUUGCAAGAAAUAAGCGAUGAGGAAAUCGGUAGUGAAUACACUGAAGAGAUUUCUACGAUUAGGACAAAAUUGAUUAUACCAUGCGUUAUAAUCGAUAAUGACCAUAGAGAAAUACAACGCUGUAAUAGAGAAAGUAAUAAGAGGUUGCGAGAAUUAAUUGCGCCUUCAACAACUGAUAUUGAUUUGUGUGGAAAAAAUCCGGUUGUGGAACAGUGGACAGAAAAGCUUACUCAGAUCUUCAACCGAUUAAUUACGGAAUAUCCACUAGGAUUUGCUAUGGAUGAAAUAAAUACAGCGCUCAAAGAAGCAGUGGGAAAAGGAUGCAAUGUUUCUCCUCCAACCAUCGUUAUCUUAGAAGCUGGGCCAGCGCCAAACAGUAACCUUGCAGUACAUAAAACUUGUGAAAUGUAUAUAGAAGACCUGAAAUUAAAUCAAGGUGACUUGUUAGACGUUGUAUGUGAUGAGGCUAUUUUUCGCAGACUUACAGAUUAUUCCAAUAAUCAAUUAAAGUUAAAUCCCAUUCUUGGUCAGUGGCAUACAAGUAAGGAUAUAUGUAGUGCUUUAAUUGUCGCCUUUUCCAGAUAUGGAUUAUUUGGAUUAGCGUCUGUACUUGGUAUAAAGUUUCUAGAAAAACUUCAGGAUGUUGUCGAUUAUUGUGCAACAUUUUGUGUUCUUGAACUUAUCUGGGCAGCUGUAGCAAUUGUCAUUCAUAAAUAUAUGAAUGACAAUUGCGUAAUACUAGAAGAUAUCAAAAAUGGAAGCAACAAUAUUUUAAAA